UCCAGGUAUACCUGGCGGCAUGUCUUUUCGGCAACGAUCAUCAUUGAUCGUAAGUGUUCGGCGAGUUGGUUUAGGGCGUUUCUGCUCUAGUAAGAGGAAGAUGAACAUUGUGAGUUAGAAUUGCAGGGGCUUAGGUAAUCUGGCCACGUUGCAAGUACUAGGCGAUCUAGCCAGAGGAAGAAACCAUCGAUAAUAUUUCUUAUGGAGACCAAGUCGAAUCGGCAACGUAUCACUCGUGCAGCGCAAGAAUUGGGUUACAGAAACCUUGCUCUUGUGGAGAGUAUCAGUCUGAGUGGAGGACUGCUCUUCUUUGGAGGGAUCAUGUGGAGGUCAGAGUGGAUGCUACCAAUCAAUUUGUUAUGGAUUGCAGUAUACGCUUAUAUGAAGGUGACUUACAGGUUAUUAUGGUAUGCCGGAACGGAGUGGUUGGCAAACCGGAACAAUCUCCCAUGGCCAGUUAUAGGAGACUCUAAUGAUAUCAUGUUUGCUAGUGAGAAGAGGGGGGUGCCCCGCAACCGUUAUGGCAGAUGAGGGGAUUCCGGGAAACAGUUUGGGCACGCGGCUUGCGGGAUUUCCCUUUUGAAGGGUAUCAGUGGACUUGGGAAAGAGGUAGGGGGUCUUCAGCAUUGGUGGAGGAAAAACUUGACAGAAUUCUUGUCAAUGAUGAUUGGCAUAUACGCUUUGGAGCAGCUACUGCCGAAUCACUGGAAGGGAUAGCUUCAGAUCAUCUAAUGUUGUUGAUCAAAGUAAGAGAGGAGCGCCAGGAGGUUAUGAAGAGACAUUUCAGAUUUGAGAACAUGUGGGUUCAAAGGGAGGGCUGUCGUGAGGUUAUUAAGCAAAGUUGGUAUUCGAAUGGGGAGCAGAAUAUUUGGAAGAAGAUUGCAAAUUGCAGUAGUGCACUGGGACGGUGGGGAAGUUACAGGAAAGAGGGGUUUGCUGUCAGGAAAGAGGGAGUUAAGGAGCUGCCGUGGGGUUAGAUAUGAUGCGGAGUUCCAGAGGGUAAAAAACUCUUUAGUUGGGUUGUUAGAGCAACAAAAUACUUUUUGGAGGCAAAGAGCAAAACAGUUUUGGUUAAAGGAAGAAGAUACAAAUUCUAAAUACUUCCAUAAUUCAGUCAAGCAACGAAGGAGGAAAAACUGCAUGCUGGGACUGAAAGAUUCGCAAAGAGGUUGGGUCACUGACAGGGGAAGAAUGAAGCAGUUAGUGCACGUUACUUUAGCAAUAUUUUUUCUUCAUGCUCCACCACAGAUUCAGUUAUCGAACUAGGAGCAGGAGGGCGUAUAUCUGCGGAGCAAAACAAAUUUCUAAUGAGACCUAUAUCUGAAGAAGAAGUUAAGAAUGCAAUUUUUGCAAUGCACCCAGAUAAGUUGCCAGGACCAGACGGUAUGAAUCCGGGGUUUUAUCAGAAAUUUUGGGAUGUUGUGGGUUUAGAUGUGGUUGAUUUUUGUCUUAAAUGUUUUGACCGGGGGAAAAUUCCUAGAGAAGUUAAUGAGACAAAUCUUAUUUUGAUUCCAAAGAAAGCUAAACCAGAAAAUUUAGGAGAUUGGAGGCUGAUUUCUCUGUGCAAUGUGGUCUAUAAGAUUUUUUCUAAGGUUUUGGCAAAUAUAAUGAAGGGGGUUCUUCUUGAUAACAUUAUUUGUGAAAACCAAAGCGCAUUUGUCCCAGGGCGCAAUAUCAAUGAUAAUAUUAUUAUUUCUUUUAAAAGUCAUCAUUAUCUCAAGUGCAAAAGACAUGGAAUUGAGGGUUUUAUGGCUUUAAAGCUCGAUAUGAGUAAGGCUUACGAUAGGGUGGAGUGGGCCUUUCUGUAUAAAGUUAUGCUGAAGUUGGGUUUUGACAAAAAGUGGAUUGAUUUAAUACUUGAAUGUGUGACUGCAGUGUCAUAUUGCAUACCCUUCGAUAAUGCAUCCAUUGGACCUAUUGUACCACAUUGGGGACUUAGGCAAGGGGAUCUGUUUUCGCCUUACCUGUUCGUGAUAGCUACAGAAGGUUUAAGUGCUUUAAUUAGGAGGCAAGAAUUAAUAGGGAAAUUAAGCGGUGUGGCAGUAGCUCAUAAGGCUCCUAAAGUUUCUCAUCUUUUAUUUGCCGACGACACUUACUUAUUUUUUAAAGCAAAUAGAGAGGAGGCUCAAGGUGUUAAAGCUUUAUUGAGACAAUAUGAGAAGAUUUCAGGUCAGAUGAUAAAUUUUGAGAAGUCUAGCGCUUCGUUUAGUGCUAAUGUUGGGACUGCUACAAGAGAGGAUCUGGCUAAUUUAUUGGGUAUUAGCCAAGUGGCUUCAGGUGGCAAGUACUUGGGAUUACCGGAGUUGGUGGGUAAGAAGAAAAAGAAAAUUUGGCCUAUUUGAAGGAAUGAAUUCUAAAGAGGUUACAAAACUGGAACAACCGUUUUCUAUCCAAGGCAGGGAGAGAAGUUUUAUUAAAAACUAUCAUUCAAGCAUUGCCAACUUAUGCUAUGAAUGUGUUUUUACUCCCGGAUGAUCUUAUUAGCGAGAUAGAAAGAAUAAUGAAUGUCUAUUGGUGGAAGGGUAAUGACUUCACCGGUAAAGGUAGGCGUUGGAAAAAUUGGAAAUCUUUGUGCAUUCCUAAAGCAUUAGGGGGCUUGGGCUUCAAACGCUUGAAGGAAUUCAAUAUAGCUAUGUUAGGGAAACAAGGUUGGAAGCUUUUAACGGAACCAUAUACAUUGGUUGGGCGCAUUCUAAAGGCCAAAUAUUUUCCGGCUAGCACUUUUAGGGAGGCAAAAUCAGGGUGUAACCCUUCUUUUGUUUGGCGAAGCAUAUUAGCGGCUCAAGAUGUGGUGGUAGCGGGCUGCAGGAGAAGGGUGGGUAAUGGACAGUCCAUUUCAGUUUGGAAGGAUUCUUGGCUUCUAGGAAGUGGCUCGGGGAGAGUAUGUUCAGUAAGACCACAGGGGAUAGCGAAUAUGAAUGUGGCGGCCAUGUUAAAUGAAGAUGGAAAAAGCUGGAAUAUUCGGCAUAUUAACUCAAUUUUUAACGAGGAAGAAGCGUUGUUAAUUCGCAGCAUCCCGUUGAGUCUUAACCCGUUGGAGGACAGAUACAGAUGGAGUGAGGAUGCAAAAGGGCAAUAUAUUGUUUGUAGUUGUUAUAGGAAGUUAGUUGGCAAUGUUCAGCCUCGAGGCUGGGUCGGAUGGACGGCGGUUUGGAGGUUUAGAGUUCCGCCUAAAGUCAAAGUUUUUAUUUGGCAGCUGGUUAGUGGUAUCCUACCAAUGGCCGAGUUUCUGAAAAGAAGGCAUAUUCCGAUUACGGGGAGCUGUCCUAUUUGCAGUAGGGGGAAAGAGUCCACAAAUCAUCUAUUUUUAGAGUGCCAAACAUCGAAAGAGGUCUGGAAGGCAGCAGGUUAUAUUUCUUUAUUGCAGGUGAGCCCUUUUGAGGAGUGGCUGCAGCAGGUCUUUAGCAGGCUAGAUGAGGAAGGGAUUUCUAACAUUAUAAUGCUGUUAUGGAGCAUUUGGAAGUCUAGGAAUGGAAUUGUAUGGAGAGGUGAAUCAUUCUCAGUUACUGGAGUGCAACGUGCAACAGACUCUCUUUUGAAGAGUUGGAGAGCAGUCCAUGAAGGUGACAACAGACUGGUGAGAGAUAGUACGAGGCAAAGUGAAUAAAAGUGGCAAAGCCCGGAGGAAGACCAAGUUAAGGUCAACGUUGAUGCAGCACAUAAUCUGAGGAUUAGGCUGUGGUCGUGGGGCUGGAUUAGUCGUAACAGCGAGGGAGAAUUCUUAAAAGCGUGCACUUGGGUUGUCAAAGUCAGUUGGAGCCCGGUAGAGGCAGAGGCAUGGGGUGUGAGGGAAGCUAUCCUUUGGGCUCGUGAGAAUAAAUGGAGAAAAAUAGUGAUUGAGACAGAUGCAGCCUUGACAAUAGCGGGAAUUCAAGGAGAAUCGUGUGCGGGCCAAAUCGGGGCUAUUUUUGACGAUAUAAAAGCAUUCUUGAGAGAAAAUGGGGACAUCCAAGUCAAGUGGUGUAGAAGAGAGGCAAAUAGAGUAGCUAAUACAUUUGCUCGUUUUGCUCAUUCAACGGGUGGUUGUGAUACUGUUUAUGAUUCGCCACCCGUGUUUAUUAUCAGCCAUUUGGCAAACGAUUUAAUUUUAUAAUAUUAGCGUUUUUCUUUCAAAAAAACUCAGGGAUCUAGGCAUUCCUAAAUCUCAGAUCUAU